AUGACCCCUCUCCUGCCUCUGCUCGCCAACGCCCUCGCGCUGCUGCCGCUUGCCCCUCUCACGGUGGCCAAACACGUCGUCUGCUCCUGGAGGCCCGGCAUCGCUACGCCAGACAAGUACGGCUUCAAUCGCUUCUGCUCUGCCACAUCCUACACGACCACGACUCACGACAAGACCACGGCUGAGUUCAAGUGCAAGCACCUCUUUGAGGGCAACACAGUCAAGCCGGCUACGUGGAAUGUGCUGGGUGACGGCAUCCUCGAGUUUGCCUCGCCUUGCGGCAUGGGCGGCUGGUUCGCCGAGGGCGAGCACGCCUGGUGCCCCGACUCAUCCUUCGCCAUGUGUACCGACGAGACUCAUGGUGAUGAGUGUUGGUACAUGGAUAAAAGGGAUGAUUGCGAGUGGCCCACCAAGUUCACCGUCGACACGCUCCCUACUUCGGUGGAGCUGUGGUACCGCAGGAAGUAG